AAAAUGGAUGGGUAUUCAAAUUAUCGUAUGAAUGAAAUUGUCGAUGCACAGCUCUGGUAUGGAAAUGAUGAGGACGCUGUUCAGAGAGCUAUACAGAUGUCCCUUGUAACCCAACCUUUGCCUCCAGAGGAGGCAAAGGUUGGUGAUGACUUUGUUAAUGAGCUUUAUGGAGUUCCUCCAGAUCAGCCUGAUAUUAUAGAAAAUGAAGCGCCUUAUGCCUCUAAUCAUGCUCAUAGGCUAGCAAGAGAAAACCAGAUUGAAGGUAUAAACAUUGGGGAUUAUGACUAUGAAGAAGUUCUUGAUGAUGCCAUUAAAGCAUCAGAAAGAGCAGCUAAGCGUUUGAAUCGUGAAGGACGAGAAAGACAUAACAGAAUCGUAAGGGCCCAAGGCCAUCGCAAUCAUCGUGAUGCUGCUCAAAACGAUCUCCUUGCCAAUCUUUCUGGAAAUAGGAUAAGAGAUCGGGCAAAUAAUCCUCUUUCAGAUAUGGGAGCUCAAGGAGUCAAAUUACGACCAGGAGUCAGAAAUAUUCGUAAACCUCAGAGAGCGAGUCGAGUAGUUCCUAGGGUUGCUAACAACCAUAGAAGAGCAAGGCCUAACUAUAGGAGAAGGGAAGACCGAAAUCAUGGCAUGCAGGUUGAUAUUGAUAAUAUGAACUAUGAUCAAAUCUUGGAGCUUCAAAAUAACAUUGGAAGCGUAAGUAAAGGGUACAGCCAAGAAGAAAUUGAAGCGAUUCCAAUCACCUAUUCGUUCCCUGAAGAACCUUCCAAUUGCCCUAUAUGCUUAGAUGAUAUUGAGAGUGGAGCUCCGAUUCUCAGCAUUUCGUGCAGGCAUGAAUUUCAUCUAGAUUGCUUGCAGAAGUCUUUAGAGAGUAACAAAGAGUGUCCGAUUUGCAAGGAAGAGGCAUUUGUACUCUCAUAAAUCCCUUCGUUAAUACCCAAUCUGAAGACUAUGAUCUUAAACAACUUU